AUGGUUCCAAAAAAUAAGAAAUUUUUUGAGGAAAUAAAGCCCAGUGAACUCCAAUUCAAAAAAAGAAUUAGAAAGCUGGUAUUUGAAGGUGGUUACAGAAUGAAGGGUAAUAAAUGGAACCAAUCUUAUGAUCUUCAGGUAAUAACCUUCUUUAAAUUGGGAAUUAGACCCAGCAAGUUUCAGUGUAUCAAAAGUUGUUACUGGUCCCCUCCUCCUAUAGGUUAUACCAUAUUUUGCUGUGAUGGAUCAUCUUUUGGUAACCCAGGGGCAGAUGGAUUUGGUGUUGUAGUUAGGAAUCAUGAGUGUCAAGUUAUAGGUGCAUUAUCAGGAGGAAUUGAUGUUGUUACUAAUCAUAUUGCAGAAAAGUUUGUUGUGCUUUGUGCUACUGAAUUGGCAGGUGAAUGGAACCUUCAGAACAUUGUCAUUAACUCAGAUUCUAAGACAGUUAUUGAUGGUUUCCUUAAAGGGCAGGUGCCAUGGUUUAUAAAGAAGAGAUGGCAGAAGGCUGUAAGCAGAAUAUCUUCAAUCAUCUUUCAACAUUGCUUCAGAGAAAUCAAUUUCUCUAUUGAUACUGUUGCCAAAAGAUGA